GGGCGCGCGCUCGCGCUCCCCCUUCCCCUGUUAAGAAUCAAACGCGCCCUUUGCUCCCCCCAGUUGGCGGCCCGGGCGGCUCUUAAAGGGCCAGAGACCCGAGGGCCACAGCUGCCCCCUUUCUUUCUUCUCCUCCCCCCCCCUUUUUUUUUUUUUUUGAACCGCGGGCCCACAAUUUGGGAGCAGAGAGAAAGAAAACAAAAGAAGGCACCGGAAGCAGCCGCGGCAGCUGCGCAUAUGUCGAGGGAAGAAGGGGGGGCGGGCCUCCACCAACCAGCAGCACCCUUGUUUGGGUCGCAAUUGCAUUGCGAGAGAGAAGUGGAGCAGAUUCCAAAGAAGUGGUGUGUUAUUGAGGUCCAGCAUCACCUUUUGCCUUGUCACCAUCCCCAAUGCGACCAUGGGAACUGGCAGUGAAUAGGUGGCCUCCUUUUGUCUCUUUGGAGCAGCGACGAUUCCCAGGGGGAAGCUGUGGCAGUCCAGCACAUCUCAGGAGAAGCCCUCCUUUCCGGCACCACUGGGGCCGACGCGAGCGACCUCUGCAAACUCUCCUAGCCCAGGAUGAGAACUACUUGCACCCGGCUUUUUUCCAGCAGCAACAGCCACAGCCACAAGUCCCUGUAGAUGAGCACCCGGCGUACGUUCUGGCCAAUACGCCACCACGAAUGCUUCACCCGGCUGCACACCCACCCCACCAGCAUCCAUUCAUGGUGGAUCUCCAUGAGCAGGUGCAUCAGGGAGCUGUCCCUCUCUCCUACACGGUGACCACUGUAACAACACAAGGCUUCCCCAUUCACACAGGCCAGCACAUUCCUGGUUGCAGUGCACAGCAGCUCCCAGCAUGCUCAGUGAUGUUCAGCGGACAGCAUUACCCUCUCUGCUGCCUCCCACCCCCCCUGAUCCAGGCCUGUGCCAUGCAGCAGCUCCCUGUCUCCUACCAAACAUUCCCACCACUCAUUUCCAGCGACCAUUACAUCCUGCACCCUCCGCCGCCUGUGCCACCACAUCAGCCUCCACAUAUGGCUCCUCUCAGCCAGUUUGUCCCACUCCAGCCCCAGCAUCCUCGCAUGCCACUACAAAGGAUAGAAAAUGAGGUGGAGCUUCGGGGUGAACAACAUCCCAUUGGAGGCUUCUCGUAUUCUCCUUCCCACCAUACUCCUGCACUGUCUCCUUCUGUGCCACUGCAUUAUCUUCCGCACACCCAUGACCCACUGCACCAGGAAUUGCCCUUUGGCGUGCCAUAUCCACACAUGAUGCCCCGACGACUUAACACCCAGCGAUACAGGUUGCAGCAGCCACUGCCACCCCCACCGCCCCCUCCGCCUCCGUAUUAUCCGAGCUUCCUUCCAUACUUCCUUUCAAUGCUUCCUGUAUCACCAACAGCUGUGGGGCCCACAAUAAGUUUGGACUUGGAUGUGGAUGAUGUAGAGAUGGAAAACUACGAGGCAUUACUGAAUCUGGCUGAGAGGUUAGGCGAGGCUAAGCCACGGGGACUCACCAAAGCAGAUAUAGAGCACCUUCCAUCCUAUCGCUUCAACCCAGAGAGCCAUCAGUCGGAGCAAACUUUGUGUGUUGUGUGCUUCAGUGACUUUGAAGUAAGGCAGCUGCUGCGAGUUCUGCCCUGCAACCAUGAGUUCCACGCAAAGUGCAUCGACAAAUGGUUAAAGGCCAAUCGCACAUGCCCAAUCUGCCGGGCAGAUGCCUCAGAAGUGCACCGAGAGGCCGAGUGAGGCUCCUCAACACACUGCUGCACAAAUUUCACUCCAGGAUAUGGACCUUGGACCAGGGGUUUGGGCCGGUCUGUACGCUUAGCCUCUGGGGCCUCUCCUGGGAUGUGGUGAGAAUAUAAACUAUGUUAUGACAUCCCCCUCCCCCUCACCCCAUGGCAUGGACUGAGCCUGGCGGCAGAGCCGGCUCCGCAGUGUCAUGAUUUGUAGGGGGAGGUGCCCUCGUGUGCGCCGCACUCCAAAGACUCACCAUCCUUGCGCCAUUUACUCUCCAGGUGUUUGCAUUCCUCUUUUCCCUUUUUUUUUGUUUUUGAAUUUAUGGUUUUCUUUUCCUGUUUUUGGUUUUGAUUGUGUGGCUGUCUAACCCAGAUUCUAGUCUGAACUCAUUCCUUUCAGGUGGCGCCAGAUUGGGUGAGGGCGCUCGAAACCAAGUAGACCCAAACGGAGACAGGGUACUGAAAGCCCUGCUUCCAUACCCCCAGCCGCUCACCCAGAGUGCAGUGUGGCAUGGCAGGUCAGCGGUGGCAGCAGCAAGGUUGAUUGGCUGGCUGUGGUGCUGAGGCGAGCAGCCCAAGGCCUUGCCAACAACAUCUGUGGCUCCACGCAUGAAAACGGUGGCCCAGUGCCAGCUUCUGGUCUUUCCUACGAGCAUCCCUUUCCUUUCCUCCAAUGUCACCCCUCUUGAUCCUCAGCCUUCCUGCCACCUGCCUGAGAUGUCUCUGGGAGUGUUUUCAUAACUAACAGGGGGUGAAGAAGUUUUUUAAAAAAGGCCUGAACAAGGUCCAGCAAUAUUCCACAUCUUCUCUUGGUCAUUAAUUUCAAGCAAUUUGGGGGACAUGGGGGCAGCAGGAAAAAAAUUAAUUUUCCCACCAAAGGGCAGAAGAAGGGAGUGUUUAGGUGAGAAUCUUUGUGACAAUUCAGCCAAUUCCAUUUCUUGCUUACAUAAUCUGAUGGGAGUUUGUGCAAGGUCCAUGCCUUGGGACUGGGAAUCAUGUUAUAACUGAUGCCUUUUCCUCUUCCUGGGUAUAUGCACACAUACACGUGGAAACUCUGUUACACCAUUUAGGUCCCCCACCUCUGCUCCUUUCUCAGGCACUCAUUUCUGUGAAAUUUUCCUACAAUCAAGUUAGUGCCACUGAUUUUCAAAUAUUCCUGGGAGGUUGUCUUAUGGGUGCAUUCCCGUGCCCCCUCCCCAUUCCCUGUUUUCCUCUUGCAGGGAAGGGGGAAGAUGCUUAAUAGUCUGAAGCAGGAGCCUUCAGCCCUCCCACCUAUUUUAAAUCUCUUCCCGCCCCGCUCUGUCCUGGCCCAGGCUAAGCCCCUGAAAGCUGUGAGGCUCUCAGCAGCAGGAAUGCUGGGCAGAGAGCAGAUGGGGAAUUAUUUAUUAAUCUUCUUGUUGUCUACCCUUGUGCUCGCAAUUAUGGAAAAAUCCCAUCUGGUGAUCCCUCCUCUUCCUACCCUCUCAGCUGCUGUGUGCGAGGCCGCAUCAGCUUUCCAUAGGACCCAGCAGGCGUUUCCAUUCUCCUCUGACCUGCUUUUUCUCGUUCUUCCUCUCCCUUUCCCCCCACACUUCCCAUCAAGUUUGGCCUACUGCUGCCACCACCCUGGUGACUUUUUUCCGCAUGGCCUGAUGCUUGUGCUCUGGGUCAGGUACCUUGGGUGUUUUUUGCCGUGACAAAGCGUACACUUGAGUUGUGUGCCUUCCUGUGUCUGCACACCUACACUAUCCUACCUAAAACACCUGCUGAUUUGGAGUAAGAAAGCAACCAACCUGCCACCCUGUUACCAGAAAUCUGUAAUCGUUGAAAUUUUAAAAAAAGUUGUUUUGCAUGAUUAUAUCGUGGAGCAAGAGAGAAGCCCUCGCUGUGUAAUUGGUUUGUGUUCUGAAGCCUGGUGGAAGACUCGGAGAGGACAACAAAACCUAAUGUAAAUGUUCACAAAUUAUGCAUGCAUGUUAUGACCAGCUUGGAACUUGGUAUUGGCUAUCUCUCUAGCCAGCUGUGGGGUGAUGGGGGGUGGGGAAGAGGGAGUUCUUUGUGCUCAGCUGAUUACUGCCAUGCACUGUACUGCACAUGUCCGCAACGCCUCACAAGGACCGUUAACGCUUUUCGGGGCAUUUCUCUCUCCCCUCCCCUUCCCUCCCAGUAAGAGACAAAUUGGAAAUCUGGCCGGGCCCAGAGAAGGCAAGGUGGUUAUGUUGGACUGAAUCUGAGGUACAGGUGCCAAGGUUCAGGGCUGCCGAGUGGUAAUAGCUGUCUUGGAGGAGCUUGGCAGAGGUGGCAUCUCCUUCAUGGUGCUUCAGAGAGGGGAGAAGUCACAUCUGCUGAUCUACUCCUUCCCCCCUCCCACCCCAGUAACUUCCCUCUCUACAGUUCUUACCAGCACGAGAGUCUUGCUUUGCAUCAGUUAGCAAUCCAGCAAGUCCAAGGUGGCAUGAUCCAGAAUUCAGGCUCUGCCAGCUACAAGGCAGGGACUUGUUUUUCCUUUGCCUGCUCUGCUCUUUCUGCCCAUUUCUUCCUCAGUGACACACCUGCUUCAACUGGCUAGCUAAGCCUGGGUUUAGGUCUUUUUCCUCUUCCAUUUUGAAGUGGAUGGUCGCAGGUGAGAGCAGUGACAGUGCAGAAACCUCCUGGACUGGACUACGUUUUCCCAGUUCUUCCAAGAGCUCUUCUUCCCAAGUCUUUUCAGAGAAAGGGAUGAAGGUGUCCUCCUACUGCCGCAGCCCGGCUGCACUAAAUUCAGUCCAAAUGAAUCCGUGCCUCUUUGUUUUCGUGCGGACAUUUGUCCCAGAUGGACACUGCGCAUGUGUUGGAUCCCUGCCAGAAAUGUCCAACAUCACUCUGGGUCAAAGGGCCACAUGAAAACAAGGAGACACGGAUGAGAAGAUCAAGGAGGAGGGCACUUUCCUCCAUUACUUUAAUUGGGAUGGACCACCCAGCAGGGAGCAGGCUUGCAUGGGGAAGAUGGUUUCUCACCUGGCUCUUAUCUGGGUGGGUUGUUUGGGGUGGUAGAUGACAACGGACAGGGCCUCUCUUAAAACAGCAGGCAGACAUGGCAUAGCUGCCAGUGGGCUUGUUCUCCCCCCCCCCCUUUUUUUUUUUUUUGAGCACACCGGCUUUUAGCAAUACUUACCUCAAAAAGCGGGGGAGGGGGGGGAGGUCCUUUGGCAGGGGUUACCUGGCUGGGCCUCUUGCCACUGGUGCUCACAGCCAUAUGUGGCAGGGGCGAGUAGCUAUUCUCCCCUGGCAGUUGCUAGAAUUCUUGACCCACCUGCGGUUAGGAGGUGCUGGGUGCAUGCGUGAGACCAGUUGGGAACCACUUUUGGCUUCUUCAGUCUUAGUCUAGCAUAGUACUGGUCUUCAGCCCCUUACUUUCUGAAGUCAAGAGAAAGCACUGGGCAUGCAAGAAGUAUCAAGGUGUAGCUUGCCCUUCAAUGGACUAGCAAUUUCUGUUUGACAGAUGCAGCUGGGCUGCUGCCGCCUGAAUCAGCAAACCAGAAACUUACAUGUUGAACUCUGGGCAGGGCCCAGCUUUCUUUCUUUAAAAAAGAAGAAACCUCUGACCUAAAUUUAUGAUGAAUGAAGAUGACUAUUUUUACGGUUUGUUCUUUUCUUGCCUGUUUGUGCUUUGGCUGAUGCAGGUUAUGGUGCAGUCAUUUGGAUAAGGUCAAAUAAGUUAACCUCUUCCUCCCCCUGCUCCCCUUUAUUUUAUCCCAAGGGUUCGCAUAGCUGCAGUUGGACAUCUUAAGCCAGAUCCUGGCCCGUGUGUGCAAACACACACACAAAAGAAUGGGCCACUUGCCAUAGUAAAACUGCACAGACACCAGCAGCUCCCUUCUUCCGAUGCCUUCAGUGACCAAUCAGUUCCCCUCUCCUCUUCACGUCGAGCCAGUGCCUUGUGUCAGACCCACCUCCUGCCCAGCCUUCCCUUCUUGUUUCACAGCUUUUUAAAGGAAAUAAAACAAAUAUGAAUGAAAUACAAAUAAAAGCUUAGCCACAUGAUACAAAUAACCAAAGGUCUUUAUUGUAUAUAUCAAUAUAUACAUAUUUUAAACAAACCUGACCACUCAACCUGCAGGAGGUGUUUCUAUAUUUAUAGCCAAUCAGAAUAGUACCGAUGCCAGUCUGUUUUCAAUGCUCUCUUCUCCUUCCCUUGCCAUCUUUUCCCCCCCAGCCCCCCGAAAGGUUACUUGGGGAUGGGGAGGUUAGAAAAGCCUUACGGUUCUUCUGAUGGUGACUCGAAAGCUCACAGCUCGUGUGCUGCAGAAUUUAUUCCAAUGAGCAGCUAAAAUUAUUAUCAUUAAAACAAAAAAGACAAAAAAAUGACUAAAACAUUUAUUUAGGAUGUUUGUGAUUGCUGAUUGCGCUGUAGAUGCCACUGUUUACCAAUGAUUUCCUGUGGUGGGAUAGUGGACUGUUUACUGUUCUUUUAUACCAGUCCCGUGCCCUCCAGAGGGACAGCUCAGCUUCACCCUACAAGGAAAAGAGCCUCCCUGUAGGGCACCAGGGCAUUUGUUCUGUGUUAGAAAAUUUAUAUAUAUAUAUAUUAUAUAUAUUAUAAAUAUAUAUAUAUAAUUUUUUUUGCUCUGUUACUUGCACAUUUACAGUUACCUCAUUUUUCCCAUGUAUGUAUUUGAAAAAAGGCUAAUAUAUAGAGAAGAAGAAAAAGGUUCUUAAAUCUCUAAAAAAAGUGUUUUGUUUUGUUUUUCCAUUCCAUUGGAAUCAUAUUGGUUUGUAGCAUUUAACAUAACUAGUAUGUUGUAUUAUAUAUAUGUGUAUUAUACUGAUUGAAAUUUUUAACAGAUUUGUACUUUUUUUAAAAUGAAAGUUGCUAGUUCUGCUUGACCAAGUAGUGCAAUCAUUAUUUUUUUUAAUGUUGUGGCUGAUUUUGAGAGGGAUAUUCACUAAUAAAUGUAUGAUGUAUACCAA